AUGGUUAGUUGUAUGUUACUCACAUCACUUCUACUUAUAACAGUUGUCAAUUCACAAGAAGAGUUGAACAUCUGUUUAGUCAAGAACAAAGCUUUUGAGACAGAAGGACAGAUACCAACGAAUAUGUUUCAUGCGAACAAUGGUAUUAUAGUUGAAAUCAAUAAGACCACAGAAUGGUGUUACUAUUUUCACUCUACUAAAUCGAGAAGCUCCUCAAAAUGUUUUCCAAAUAGGUAUGUCUGGAAUGGUAUCGACAAUGCGGCAACAAUGGGUGUUCGCCAAGUCCCGGAAGAAACUUACUUAGAUGAGUUGAAGCAAAACAUUGACGUUCAAAUUUUUCGAGACAAUGAAACGUUGUCUGAAUCAUAUCCAGCGAAUUUGAUAUAUGUUUUAAUGAACGACACUGGUCCUGAUAAAGUAAAGACCAAAUUUAGUAAUGUGGGAAGAGACAUGCGACUUGUUCAAUCGAAAAAGGGGGAAUUUGGUUUGAUGAUAGCAAUAACAGUGGAUUAUGCCAAAGGACUAACAGGCUCUGUCAUCUUUGGUUUAGUUCGAAUUGAGUCGAGUUCUAUUUAUAUGAAAUAUGAUUAUAAUGAUACCUCCUAUUUACAAACUAUAUCCCCAACAAAUUUAAUUAGACUAGAAGCUUAUGAAGACACUUUUGUCGCUGGCAGUCCACAAGCGCGAGACGGCAAUAUUUUUGAUUUCUCAAAGAACGUGUACGUCCAAAAAUUGAUUGAUAUAGAUAGACCAACACUUCCUCUCUCUGUGAGUCCUCCGAUCUUUAUCCCUCCUUCUAAAAACAAUUUAUUUGAUUUGGGACAAGCCGUUGAAAUAUCAAAAGACUUCAUUUUAUUCAGUGACCCAUCUUCAGAAAAAGGUGUUGUCUUUGCUUUCUCUAGAAAGGAUGAUGCGCUUAAUUUUUCUGUUGUCAUGCAACCAUUUCCACGGUGGGGUAACUUUCAAUCGUUUGGGGAGUUCCUCGCAGUCACCAGUGACGAACAAAACCCACACAUUUACGUCGCUGCACCAAACGCUUGGAUCCAUGACAAUGUCAGAAAAGCAGUUAAACUUGGGAGAAGUACAACGGAGUACAUCGGUGUCAUUUAUGAAUUUCAAGUGAAUGACAAGACAAAAAUCGUUGAGUCGAAGAAUUACUUCUUUGUUAAGAGUGACAAACAAAGUGGUGGUCUUCUGAAUAGUACAAUUAGUAACAUGAAAAAGAGUGGUGAUAAUGUUUAUGUCACUUUAGCCAAUUACGAUGGGGUCUUUUUAAUUACUUGUGAAGAAAACUUGACGUUGUUCUUAUAA